AUGAGAGGAUUUUAAGAAGUUGAAAAAUAAAUUAAAAUUAAGUUAUCUGGCCAAAAUAAAAGAUCUUACCUAGAUAUUGCUUAAAAGAUGCCAUCUUCAAUUCUAGUCGUUGAUUAGGAUGAUCAAGAAACAAAAAAUAAUUAGUCUUAAUUACCUACUCCACUAAAACUCUAGGUAUCACAAAAGCAAUCUGAUAUUUCUUUUAUUGUUGAUAAAAUUGAUCUAAGCAAAAUAAGCAUCAUUAAUUAGAUAGAAGACUAAUCGACAAAUUAAUGGCACGCUGGCACUAAAGAGAAAAAUGAAUUUGCAGACACCUUUAAAAUUAAUGAAAAUCAAGUGAACAGAAGUUGGUAGUCAUCUCCUUAGUCGAGAAGUUAAAGCAAAUAAGUGCACUAAUAACAAAUAAAAACAUUAAAAUCAGCUUAUCAUAAUAGGUAGAAAAAACAUUCUAUGCACAUCAAAUAAAAAGAGAAAAAAAGUAUACUAACUUCUGCUCAGAAAUCCAAAUUUAUGCAUUCAAAAAUAAAGAAUUAUUUAGUUGAUUUCAUUAGUAAAUUUACUCUAUUUGGUAGAUUUAAGCAAAUGAAAGAAAAAAGUCGGUCACUAUUAGGCGAUUUAUCAGAUAAAUACACUUAUAUUGCAUAAAACAAAAAAUUUACCUCUAUUUAUAACUUACUUUGGAUGUUUUUGCAGCUUUUAACAAAGCUAGAAAAAUUUGUAAUUCUCAUUUUUGAAAAUUUACCUUUAUUCAAUCCAGAAAAUAAACUAAGAAUUUGUGUGAAUGGACUCAUUGCUUUUUACAAUUGCUUUUAUUUAUUUACUAUUUCUUUGACUUUAUUUUUCUAAGCUGAGUUCGAAGAAUACCAUAAUUUGUUUCACUAAAUAGCUAUAGUUGCUUGGAUAUUUGAGAUGCUUUUGCAAAUGAAUACUGCAACAUACCAUGAGGGUGAUUUUAUCACUGAUAGAAAAACUAUUUUUAGAAUAUAUGUCAAAGAAUAUUUCUUUUUUGAAGUAUUACCAUUAAUUUUCGAAGGAAAGACUUCUUCAAAUGCUACUAUUAAUAUUUUAUUACAUCUACCACUUCUCCUUAAACUUAAAGGUAUGUCCAUCAUUUUAAGUAAGUUAGAGUUUCUAAUACUUCAGCAUCUCCAUAAACCUUAUAUAAUGUAAAUUUGUAAGUAGUUGCUGUAUGUUCUUCUUCUAGUUCAUUUUAUGACAUGCUCAUAUGCAACCCUAGCUUAUUUUGAAAAUAAUGUUUUAUAAAUUGAAGAAAACUGGAUUAAUUUAGGAAAAAUCUAAAAGCCAGAUUCUUAUUGGUGGACUAACUAUUUAGAAGCUCAACUUUGGGCUUUUUAUACAUUGAGCAGUUCUUAUUCAAGCUCUGUAUUCUCAUAAUAUGAAUAUGCCUUUACUUCUUUCUGGAUGCUUAUUUCUUAUGUAUUUUUUGCCUAUAAUCUUAUGGCUUUGAAGGGUAUCUUAUUAGAAAUGAAUUCUGCUAAAGAAAAUUAUAAAAAAGAUCUAAAUUUACUAAAUAGAUAUAUGAAAAGGAAGAAGAUAGAUUUAGAGCUGUAAAGAGCCAUCAAUUCACAUGUAGUAAAGCAAUACGAACAGGAAGCUUAAACUCAGUUUGAAGCGGAAAAAGAUGCUUUGAAAAAGUUAAGUCCUCAAAUGAGAAACAAAUUAGUCAUAGAAUCAAAUAAGAACAUUGCUACUUAAUUUUCAUUUUUUGAAAAUUUAUCACCAUAAACAAUUUUAAACUUAUACUAAAUAAUGGAGGAAGAAUGUCAUGCAGAGGGUCAAGAUAUUUAGAUAUUUGAUAAAAACACUUAAGAAUAUUUUGUUUUUUUAAUACUUUAAGGAAGAGUUGAAGUCUUGUAAACAAUUGAGGGAGAUGAGCUUGAAUCUAUUUCUUCUAUUUAAGAACCAAAAAAUAUGAAUAUUGAAGAUAAAUUUAAAAAGAGUGUUACAAUGCAGUUACAUUAAAAGUCUAUUUGUUAUUUGAAAGAAGGACAAAUAUUUGGUGAAUAUGAAUUUUUGACAAAAACUGAAUUGCCAUAUGUGAUAAAAUGCCAGCAAAAAACUGUGCUGAUAAAAAUAUCAAAUAUAAAAUUUUAAGAAAUAUUAAUGCAAAAUUAAUAAGAUUUUUAAAAGUUCAUGGAACUAAAGUAAAGGGUUUUAUUUAAUAAAUAAAUCGAAUAAUUAAAAAGCUAGUGUUUAAUAUGUAAAUAAAAAGACCAUCAUUUUAUAAACUGCUACUAAACUCACUUUUUUAAAUCUCCUUAUUUUCUUAUCACUAAAAAUAACUUUUCUUAAAAGCAAGAAAGAUAAAAUCACUCCAGGAGAGCUAAAAAAAUUUAAAAAUUUAUUAUAGAAUUAUCUACAUAAUAAAUUAUAUCUAACAAUGAUGAUAUCGAGAUAGGAGUUGGCUUUACUUAAUCUCAACUUUCAGCCAUAAAGGACAUAAAGGACGAUGAAACAUCUAUUUUUAAAGAAUAAAACAAUUAAGGCGCUAAUUUAAGUCCAGCAAGUAAAUUUAAAUUUUCUAAAGAAGAAUCAAAAUCAGAACAAUCUGAUUCGUAAGAAUAAGAGAGUUAGGCAAAAGAAAAAGCAAACGAUGAAGUAUUAUCUUAAAUUAAGAACGUACUGUCUAAUUUGGGUACUAAAAGAUCUAGUACUAAAUCUAAUAUCAGCAUUAUGAAACAGUAGGGAAGGAAUAUUGAAAGAUAAGAUUCCAGUGCACAUUAAGAAAAAAUAGAUUUGAUAAGAAAUUUGUCUGUUAAUGAAGAAAAGUUCACUACCUAAAAUACAGAUGAAAAAAACAUUAGCAAUCAUCUCAAUAAUAGCUAAAAUAACUUAUCAGAAUAUAAUCAAAGCUAGACAAUUCUAUACCCCACACCACUUCCUCAAUCACAUUUUAACAAAAGUGCUAAUUAAGUGCCCAGUUUAUAAGUUAUUAAAAAAUAGAAUGUAUAUCAACACUAAAUUUAUUUGGAAAGUAUUCCAGAGCUAGACGUAAAACACAGCAUUCAAUAAGAUUAAUAUAGACACUCUAAUUUAAGCUAAAAUACUUUAUUUAGAGGAAAUUCGUUAAUACCUUAAAAUACAGCUUAAGCAAAAAGAUACAGUGUUAGCAAACAUCGGAACUCAUUAAAUUUGAAUUCAUCUUUGAAAUUUGAUGAGGCAGUCUUCAAAUUAAUUUGGAAUAGAUCAAAUUUGUAUUGGGAAUUUGAUAAAUUUGCAAACUUCAUCUAUUUCUUUCCUUAAUAUAACAUUAAAAAUGUUUUAAAAAACAUCAAAAAGCUAAAAGAGAAAAGAAGCACUAUAAAAUAUAUUAAAAAAUAAAUUAUUUGA